CACGCUGCAAACGUACGGCCUGAUGGCGGCUAGUAACCCGGAAGUGUUGCCAUGGCGGCCGCUGCGGACCCGGUCAGCAGCCUGGUCUCGGUGCUGGAGUCGUACCGGGGCCGUGACCGAGUGAUCCGGACCCUGUGCUAUGGCUGCCAGCUGGCCGGGGGGGUCCUGGCCCGGAAAAGCCCCACGGAGUCAGAGAUGGGCAGGAGGCUCCUGGCUGUGUCGGCCCAGCUGAGUCACUGCCGGACGGUGCUGCGCCUCUUUGAUGAUCUCGCCAUGCUCGCCUACAGCCGCCAGUACGGGCUGGGUGCCAAGACAGGCAUUGUGACCAUGUCCGUCAGCAGUCACGAGAACCGCAAGUCCCGCUCCAGCUCCGGCUCCAUGAACAUCCAGCUUUUCCACAAGCCGGGCCAUGCCGACAGCCUCCUGACCCAGCUCAACCUGCUGCGCAGGCGGCAUCUUUUCACCGACGUGGUGCUCCGGGCAGGGAACCAAGCCUUCCACUGCCACCGGGCUGUGCUGGCCUCCUGCAGCCGGUACUUCGAUGCCAUGUUCAGCGGGGGGCUGAAGGAAAGCAAAGACGCGGAAGUCAACUUCCACAAUUCCCUGCACCCAGAGGUGCUGGAGCUGCUGCUGGACUACGUCUACUCGGCCCGGGUGCUGAUCAACGAGGAGAAUGCGGAGUCCCUGCUGGAGGCUGGAGACAUGCUGCAGUUCCAGGACGUCCGCGACGCCGCGGCCGACUUCCUGGAGAAAAACCUGCACCCAGCCAACUGCCUGAACAUGCUGCUUCUGUCGUACGCCCACUGCUGUGAGAGGCUGCUGGAGCUGUCCUGGAGGAUGGCACUGGCCAACUUCGCAUCUCUCUACCAGACUGAUGACUUCCUGCGGCUGCCCAAAGCCAAGCUGCUGGAGCUGGUGGAGAGCGAGGAGCUGGAGGUGGAGGACGAGAGCCUGGUGUACGAGGCUGUCAUCGGCUGGAUCCGGUAUGACUUGCCACGGCGGCAUGAGGACUUGCCAGAGCUGUUGUGCUUGGUCCGCCUGGCCCUCCUGCCAGAGUCUUACCUACGGAACCAGGUGGCCUCCGAGGAGCUGGUGACCAGCCACAAGCUGGGAGGGGAGAUCGUGGCUGACGCCGUGCGCUGCAAGAUGAAGAUCCUUCAGAACGAUGGGCUGGUGACGGGUUUCUGUGCCCAACCUCGGAAGGUCAGCCAGGCCCUGCUGCUGCUCGGGGGCCAGACAUUCGUGUGUGACAAAAUCUAUGUGGUUGACCGUCAAACCAGCGAGAUAAUCCCCCGCACUGACAUCCCAAGCCCACGCAAGGAGUGCAGCGCCUGUGCCCUCGGCUGCAAAGUGUACGUCACCGGCGGUAAGGGCUCCGAGAACGGCGCCUCUAAAGACGUCUGGGUUUACGACACUCUCCACGAUGAGUGGGCGAAAGCUGCGCCCAUGCUGGUGGCCCGAUUUGGCCAUGGCUCUGCUGAGCUGGACCACUGUCUCUAUGUCGUUGGAGGCCACACAGCGGUGAGUGGCUCCUUCCCAGCUUCGCCCUCUGUCUCUCUCAAGCAGGUUGAACACUAUGACCCCCAGUUGGACAAAUGGUCCCUGGUGGCCCCUCUCCGGGAGGGCGUAAGCAAUGCUGCUGUGGUAGGGGCCAAAAUGAAGCUGUUUGUCUUUGGUGGCACCAGCGUGAACCAGGAGAAGCUGCCCAAAGUGCAGUGCUUCGACCCUGGCCAGAACCGCUGGACAGUGCCUGCCAGCUGUCCCCAGCCCUGGCGCUACACGGCUGCUGCUGUAGUGGGCAACCACGUGAUCGUGAUCGGGGGAGACACGGAGUUCUCGGCCAGCUCUGCGUACCGCUUCCACAGCGACACCUACCAGUGGUCCAAAUUUGGGGAUGUGACUGCUAAACGCAUCAGCUGUCGCGCUGUUACAUCUGGGAACAGGCUCUACGUGGUAGGGGGCUAUUGUGGGGCCCAGCGCUGCAAAACUCUGGACUGCUAUGACCCCUCCUCCGACACCUGGAGCAGUGUCACUACCGUGCCCUACUCCCUCAUCCCCACUGCCUUCGUCAGCACUUGGAAAUACCUGUCUGCCUGAGCCUCGCCCCGAGACUGGAACAGUUUCACCAGGAGCAACAAGUUUCAUGUCCCACUUCCCCAAGAAUCGGCACACAAGACCUGGAGCACAAGCUAUCAAGCAUCGGGGUGCCCCACAAUCCAGUCCUCCUUCCCGCUGGACAUGGAACCCAUCAGCACCAGGCGUGCAGCGCAGUACCGUCCCCUUGGGUGUCAAAUAACUGGUUGCAAAGUCACAUUAGUUUCAGAGGGCUUAGGAUAGAUUCUAAAGGGAGCUUGGUGGGCAAAGCUCCAGCCAGGCUGGCUGCCCGGCUCUCCCUUGAGAAGCUGAUGAGGAAGGACAGAUUUUCCAUUCUUGCCCUUACCUGCUGCAGGGAUGUAGUCCUUUUCCUUCACAGUCGGUCACUUUUUUCAGUGCAGACAUCAGCCUAAGAAGGGAGGAUCCCUUUGUGUUUCCCACAGCUGCCCCUGCACUGCCAGUAACGCGUGCUGUCACUAGUAUCUACAGCACUUUGGGAGGCAGGUGGCUGUUUCAGAGCUGCGAGUGAGCAAACCCGUAUUUCUAAUGGAACUGUUGUUCACUAGCAGGGACAGAGCAAGAUUCCUAGCCAGGAGCAGCUGGCCUCUGGGUUCUCUUGCAGCACCAGUGCCAGGUGCAGGAAAUGUCUUAACACUUUGCAAGGGCCCGCAAGCUAGUUCUGUACAAUCUUUUUAUACAGCAGCCUGGAGCUGCUUCAAUAAACCCUAAUAAAAGCCACUGCCUCUUGAGUUCGUUGCUCAGCAGCCGCACUCCUGUUUGGGGUUCUUCUCUCAUGCUCGCCAGCCAGCCCCCGAGACAGUGUGUAGCAGCAGCAGAGGGGAUUGCACAGGCCAAACCUUGUGCUGACGGGACCAGCACCCACGGCAUAUGCUGGUAUGGACAGGUCACACGUUCACCCUCCUUCUCCGAUGGAUGCGUGACGCAGGGUAAAGCUUCCUCCAUCCUACAUGUGAGAAAAGCUAUUACCUGCCUUUCACACGUAGUGCCUAGCAUGGUCCUUUUCCCACUGGCAGGGCAGAGGCAAGGGAGGAAACAUGCUAAGAGCUAAUCCUUCUCGGUUGCAGUGCCAUGCUCCUGGGCUCUGGAAGGAAAUACAGAAUUUAGGAGCUAUGCGAACGUGGCUGCUCAGUGCCCUGCUAAAAUCACCUUUAGUUCCUUUUAAAAAGGCUGUUUGCAUUCAAGCCAAGUGCUUGCCUUGAAUGGGCUUCAUGUGAUCUCAAGCCAUUCUGUAUCACGGGUGCCCCAGGGCACUCCAGCUGGUCUGUGAUGGAGGAGGGAACAAAAGGCUGCCCUGGCUGCAAGAGGUGGCACCAGCUGGGAGACUCUUUCCAGGGACAGCCGGCCUGCGGCCACAUGGAGUGUGAGCUGUGGGCCGCAUAUAACAGUACUUGUGACAAAACCCUUCUCCCUACAACAAGUACCUCUGCGGCAGGCUGGUAAGGGCCUUGCUCAGUGUCAGAGCACAGAAAUAGCAGGAGCAGAACCCCACUGCCCCAGGCUGCCCCUUCCCACUGGCUGAGCUUUCCACCCCAGCUGCACAGCCUGGGGCUGGGUGGGGCUCUGACUGCUCCUAUUAAAACGAGCUCCUUGCAGGACUCUGGUUUGUAUCAGCAACCGAAGCCUGCUCACCAAGGAACCGCUAUGCUGGCUGCAUGCGCAGAAGCGUCUAAGGACAGCAUUGUUUGGCUGAAACUUUUCUCAUUGCCCUUGCUCUGUCUCCUGCAGAAGAGUCAGCUCUGUGGAGUGUGGAGACACAAAGUCAGCGAGUAGAGUCUGGAGCAGUAGCCUGCUAUAAAGAUUUGGACUGAAGUUUAGAAACACCAGAACUUGUUCACAGGAAGGAAACUGGACGUGCAAUCAAGUGUCUGACUAUUGGGGAAAAGCACAGUUUAGGUUUGAACUCAAUGUCACAGGCUGGCCCAGCCCCUCGGCCGGCAGAGAGCCUAAUGUGAAAGGAAGGAAGGGUUUCUGCAUCCUCGUCCCCUGAGCUGCAGUCUAGUUUAGGGCUCCUGCCCCCUGCUCUUGUGCCAGGGUUCCUCUCCCUGUAACCUUUGCUCACACUGUGUCUCCUCCCAUGCUUCUGCUGAGCCUGCAGCACAGCUUGGGGGCCAGGCGCAAGGUAGGGAGAGGAGCCGGCAGCUCCAUCCUGGGGAGAGCCUGCUAGAAAUGCAGUCACAUGAGGGCUGCAGUUCUCUGCACCUCCUGGCUCUGCCAUUGAGCAGGGCAGGCACACAUAUGCCAAUGGGGUUUCACCAAGGGGUGAGCUGAGGCCUCAGCUCACCAUGCCAGACAGCUGCAAAGCUGGGUUCCCUCCCUUCCCUUAUCUAAUCUCAGCUGUUACUGAGCAGGAAACGUCUCCUUCCCCUUUAAACCAGCCGCUGCUUUCAAGGGGCAGGCAAAGUCCACCUUGACUCUAAUAAACUCAGACAAUCAAGGUUUCAUUCGUGGCUGUUUAUGAGCCUGUUUUGUUCUCAGUGCCAGGCAACGGAGCGGGUUCUCAGCCACCUCCUGCUCCUGCAGCACCAGUGAGUCUCUGCUUCCUGCCCUGGGCACUGGGAUGUUAUCUAAGCUCUGGGCACAGCAUUUUUCUUUGAGGGUCACUUCUCCUGCUGGAGCCUUCAUAAGCAUCCCUGAGUCGUUUCCCGCCUUGCACUAUCUUUAGAGCCAGUGCUACUGUCAUGGGGAAUGGGCACUGGCCUCCUCCUCCGUAGCUGGAUCCGUCUGCUCGGCAAAGGGCCCUGGCCCUGUCUGCUGUGUAAUAAAGACAAAAACUGCA